AUGGGAUGUAUGUCUAGUUACUUGCUUACACUGUUUGAGUGGAAAGUAUCAGCAACAACCGGUUUUAUUACGGGACAGCUCAUGAUGUUCAUAUCGAUCUAUUAUGCGCCUCUGCAUCUAGCAUUGGGUAGACCUCAUACAAUAACUGUCUUAGCUCUACCGUAUCUUUUGUUUCAUUUCUUCUGGAACAAUCACAAAAACUUUUUUGAUUAUGGAUCUACUACCAGAAAUUCAAUGCGUAAUCUUAGCAUUCAAUGUUUUUGUUGGUUGGUUAAUUGGUCACAUUUUAUUCCUAAUGUACUUAUUAGAUCGAAUAAGUACCUUGUGUCAGAAUUGAGAAAUUCUAUGGCUCGAAUCUUUAGCAGAAUACCGUCACCUAUUGUUACUAAGAAACUGAAAACAACUUCCGAAACGAAGGGGACUAAACAGGAACAAGAGGGAUCCACCACAGAAGAUCCUUCCCUUUCUCUUUUUUCGGAAGAAAAGGAGGAUCCGGACAAAAUCGAUGAAACGGAAGAGAUCGGAGUGAAUGGAAAGGAAAAAACAAAGGAUGAAUUCGACUUUAAAGAGACACGCUAUAAAAAUAGACCCGUUUUUGAAACUUAUUAUCUGGAUGGGAAUCAAGAACAAGAAAAUUCGAAGUUACAAAUAUUUAAAGAAAAAAAGGAUCUCUUCCAAUUUGAAAAACCGGUUAUAACUAUUCUUUUCGACCCUAAACGAUGGAAACGUCCCUUACGCUAUAUAAAAAAAAUCGAUUUGAAAAUGCUGUAA